AUGGCCUACCAGGCAGGGUUUCCCGAGGAGCCCAAUGCUUUGGUUCAAAACAUUAGCGCCAACAUCCAGAGGAUAACCCUGCUGACCUCCGAGCUGCAGAGGGCGCUGUCGCUUCUGGGAACGGAUCAGGACAGCGAACAGCUGCAACAGACACUGCAACAAAAGCAGCAGCAAGGUAACCAGCUCGCCAAAGAGACCGACCGUCUCAUCAAGGCAUUUAGCGCUCUUCCUGUUGGCGCUGACCAGCGGCAGAGAAAGAUUCAAAAAGACCGUUUGCUCAACGAUUUUUUGGCUGCAUUGAACAGCUUUCAAAAGACUCAGCGGGAGGCGGCCGAUAAAGAACGGCAGUUUGUGGCACGCGUUAGAGCCAGCUCUAAGGUGUCGGGAGGCCAGCCUGAAAGCUAUCAUGUCACUCCUUUUCCAAGUGACCUGCAGGUACAGGAUCAGGCCGAGGCAGUCAGUGAAGAUGAUCUGCGGUUGAUUCAGGAGAGAGAGAUGGCUAUUCAGCAGCUGGAGUCGGACAUCACUGACAUCAAUGACAUAUUCAAGGAUUUGGGAAUGAUGGUACACGAGCAGGGCGAAAUGAUUGACAGUAUAGAGGCCAACGUGGAGAGUGCAGAAGCGAACGUCCAGAGUGGCACGCAGCAACUAGCGCGCGCAGCCGACUAUCAGCGGAGAUCGCGGAAGAAGAUCUGCAUCCUGAUUAUAGUGUUGGUCGCGGUCGCCGUGAUCGUGGCGCUCAUCAUCUGGGGCGUCUCCCGGCAGUGA